UUCUCUUUACCUCUUAAAAUGGUUUUAAUUGACAAAAAAAUAAUUUCUGUAAAAUUUUAACUCAAAUUUUAACCCGGAUAUCGGCAACUCGUGCUCCCGGCUUAAUUUUUGUGUCGUUACACUAUCAGCAUUGGUUUUUAUAGCGUUCUUUUUUACAAAAGUCGGCUUACUUUUUUUUAAAAUAUGAGGUAUGGCUAUUAAAUAACGAGACUGAGGUUGCUAUAGAAGAAGUACGCAUGCGCCAAACGCCAGCGACCGACAGCUGUUUAGCGUGAAGCCUUCUCUUUCGAAUGCAGUACCUCUUCUGUAAACAAAUCCGUAUAGCCGUAAUCUUCUUUCACAUUAGAGUUGUUUUUUGUUUCACCGGAAAAAUGAUAAGUGUAACAAUAGAGCAACGAAUUGUUGUGAAAUUUCACGUGAAACUUGGAAAAACCGCUACUGAAAUUUAUAAUUUAUUGAAAGAAGUGUAUGGCCAUGAAUGUUUAUCGCGUGCACGUGUUUUUGAGUGGUUUAAGCGUUUCCAAGACUGCCGAGAAGACGUUGAAGAUGAUUCACGCCCGGGUCGCCCUUCCACGUCAAAAACGGAUGACAAUAUCGAAACAAUCGGAACAAGAUUUGAGUCCGUUGAAGCUGUGAAAGAGAAAGCGGCACGCGUUCUGAAGGAGCUGACAGAAGAAGACUUUCAGCACUGUUUCAAACAAUGGAAGAUUCGCAUGGAGCGUUGUAGGGAUAGAGGAGGGGUGUAUAUUGAAGGUGAUAAUAAGUAAAUAUGUAUGAAAUCAAAAUAAAAUGUUUUACAGUUUCGUUGUUUAAUAGCCACACCUCGUAUAUCUUGCUUUUUCACAUCUUUUGAGACCUUAUACGUUUCGUUUAAACAAUUAGGUGAAUUAUUAAUGUCUGAAAAAUGAAAAAAGAAGAGCUUUAUUCAAACUAGAAAAAUUGAUUCAUGAGUUAAAAAAAUGAGUAAUUAUGCAUAUUAGGUGCACUAAGAGAAAAAUUCAUAGUUAUGACAAUUAUAAAAGUGACAACUGUUAAGCGUACUUUUUAUGUAUCGUAGUUGUAUCGAUGUUGUAACAGGAGAGGAGUCGAAUAAAUUAGUAUAGUGAGC